GAAGAAGCACAGUGGCUCGGGGAGAGAACCAGGCUGGAGAGCUUCUGCAAGGCAUGGGGAGCAGAAGUAACGGCACGGUCGAACUACCAUGAGGUGGUAGUAGAAUUUAUCCCGGUCUCACUAGAUCUUGAGGACGAAUGGAUGCGAAGAAUGAUCGAAAGCACUAACAACCUCCAACAGGGAUCUAUUGCUAUGGCACGCUGGAUCAAGAAACCGGAAUUACGCAGGUCAGGACAACAAGUGGCUCACGCGAUUUUCGCUAUGCGGUCAAGAUCUGAAGCAAAUAGAAUCAUUGGAGAAGGUAUUCUAAUUGCCGGUAAAUACCUGGAGGUGCGUAAAAAUCUUUCCGACCCAGUUCGGUGUAUGAAAUGUCAACACUACGGGCACAUUGCAAAGGAAUGCGAGGCAGUAGUAGACACCUGCGGGCGCUGUGGAGGACACCACCCCACACGAGACUGUAUUGCUCCGAAGGACAAAUUUUUCUGUGCUCUGUGUAGAGAGCCAGGCCAUGGAGCUGCGAGUCGCAGCUGCGCAGUACUACAGAAGAAGCUGCGGGAGCGAUGCGAACGAGAUUCAGAACGAAUCUAUCGUUUCUUUGUCACUGAGGAGCCUGAAACGUGG